CUGGGCGCACCGCGCGGCUCCGGCUGCCGCCUCCCCCGGAGCGAGCCCCGCCGCGCCCUCCCGGCCCCCAACUCCGCCGCUCCGCUCCUCUGCUCCUGCCCAGCCCUGCCCGCCCCUGCCCGGUCCCUCCCCGCUCCGCACAGCCCGGCCCUCCGCCGCUCCGUCCGUCCGUCCGUCCGUCCGGGGGCAGGGCAGGAGCCGCCCGGCCGGCUGCACCGUCACCUUCCCAACGCCGCCAGAUGUGCCGCCGAGUCGCGCUGCGUAGGGGACCGGCCCCGGGGGUGCUCCCCUGCCGCCUCCGCUGCUGACCCCCAGCCCUCUGCCCCACGGCCUCCCUGACCUGCCCCACUGCUCCUCCAACGGCUCGUGCCGCGGACCCCCGGUUCCCGCCCCGCGCUCAGCAUGUCCUUUUCUGGUGCAACCGGACCCUCCGAGGAAUCGCUCUGGAGCUCGAGGCCAGCGUGCAGGGAAAUGGAGUCGAAGGUCUCCGAAGGCGGCCUGAACGUCACCCUCACCAUCCGGCUGCUGAUGCACGGCAAGGAAGUUGGAAGCAUCAUUGGAAAGAAAGGAGAGACCGUGAAGAAGAUGCGCGAGGAGAGCGGGGCAAGGAUCAACAUUUCGGAGGGAAACUGCCCCGAGCGAAUCGUGACCAUCACCGGCCCCACCGAUGCCAUCUUCAAGGCUUUCGCCAUGAUUGCCUACAAAUUUGAGGAGGACAUAACCAACUCAAUGAGCAACAGCACUGCUACCAGCAAACCUCCGGUGACACUGAGACUCGUCGUGCCGGCUAGUCAGUGCGGCUCGCUGAUCGGCAAAGGAGGCUCCAAGAUCAAGGAAAUCAGGGAGUCAACAGGUGCUCAGGUUCAAGUGGCGGGGGACAUGCUGCCCAACUCCACGGAGCGGGCGGUGACAAUCUCGGGGACGCCCGACGCAAUUAUCCAGUGUGUCAAACAGAUCUGUGUGGUGAUGCUGGAGUCCCCACCAAAAGGUGCCACCAUUCCCUACCGCCCAAAGCCCGCCUCCACCCCUGUCAUUUUUGCAGGUGGUCAGGCCUAUACAAUUCAGGGACAAUACGCUAUUCCACACCCGGAUCAGUUGACCAAGCUCCACCAGUUGGCUAUGCAGCAAACCCCCUUUACUCCCCUUGGACAGACCACCCCCGCUUUCCCUGGAGAAAAGCUGCCCUUACAUUCCUCCGAAGAAGCUCAAAAUCUGAUGGGCCAAUCAUCAGGUUUGGAUGCCAGUCCCCCGGCCAGUACUCAUGAACUCACCAUUCCCAAUGAUCUAAUAGGCUGCAUAAUCGGACGCCAAGGGACCAAAAUCAAUGAAAUUCGGCAGAUGUCGGGAGCGCAGAUCAAAAUCGCCAACGCCACGGAAGGGUCAUCGGAGCGCCAAAUUACCAUCACGGGAACCCCUGCAAACAUCAGCCUCGCUCAGUACCUCAUCAACGCCAGGCUGACGUCUGAGGUCACUGGAAUGGGCGCACUCUAAUUUCCACCCACCAUCCUCCACUCCGCACCACCCGACCCUCUCCAGCCACCGGCACUCCACCCAGCCUGUACUGCCUGUACAUUUACCGUCUUCCCUUUGCCUCCACAGAUACUCUUUUCUUUACUAACGAAUAUAUAUAUAUAUAAAUACACACGCAUAUGCACACAAUGGAACGUUUCUUUAUGAAGUCCCUUACUGUGCUCCUGAGGCUGUUCCCAAACUCUUUGGUUAUGGUCCUUGUUUGCAGCGUAAAUGGUGUAAUUACUUCAUCUGCUUUUUGGGGGGCCGGGAGGGGAGGGGGUUGUUUUGGUUUUUUUUCCGCUGGUGAGACUCCAGAAGAUGACGGGGUCUCCAGUGUCAGUCUAGCGUAGCUACUUACAAGUUUGAGUUGACGUUGGCGGUACUUGCUGUAGCCUAUGGAUGCGUGACGCCACCCAGAGCUGUGCGCGCUUCAGAGUACUUACUUUUCUCACCCUUCUUCCUCUGACGCUCCCUCUUUGUUCGCUUUGCUUGUCCUGGCUCACCUUUGCGACCUUGCACCCCUGCCCUUGGGGCAAGGUGUAGUUCCCCCCCGCCCCGUUAUUUGGGAAGCAGAACGUGCGGGAGCCCAGCCAACGCGCACGCAUGGGUUCACCCGCCCGCUUCUCUCUUUGCAACAUGGCAGGGUCCAGACAAGCCAUUUUUCAUACGAAACGAAGGGAAUCACACACACACACGCACACACAAGUGGUCCUCUUUUUUUAACUAACGAGCAACUGGAAGUGGGAAGGAUUCAGCUGUACGGGGUUCACACCCCCAGGGGCCUUUGAAAGCGCUCUUUUGCCAAUCCCCACGAGCAAAACCUUUGGACGAUAGCUCAGGAAGCUCUGUGAGCCGGCUGUGUUUGUCGCUGUUUGUGUUCAAUAAA